AUGCUGCAUGAUACAUUGAUCAGCCUGGUCAUCGACUGCCCGGGAAUAUCUCUCAUCCAGGCGCAGAUCAGCAAGUCCGUAUUCCACCUGACCCGCGGGAUAGAAGCCAUAGGCAGCCAGGCGGCCCAGCCACUGGACGAAGAGGAAGAAGGACAGCCGCCGAAGAGGGCCAACACCUGCCACAGCGACCGGAGCCACAGCCUCAGCAGCACGGCCGACAACGGCGAGCACCGCGAGGGCGACCGCCGCAGCAACUACGCCGGGAACGGCGGCGGCAGCAGCGCCAGGAACGGCGAGAAGCUGCAGCGGACGACCGCGGCCAGCAGCAGCACCACGAGCAACACAGCGGCGGCGACCAGCAGCCCCAAGAGCAGCAAGCACAGCCAGCAACACCACAGCGACCACUGGGGGAAAGACCACGAGACCAGCAACACCACGCCAGCAGCACACAGUACCAAGACCAGCACCACGGCGGGGGAGAGCCCCAUUCCCACGGUAGGCGCCCGAGAGAGGCAGAGCGGCAGCGUGAACAGCAAGAUGAGGCGCGAGACUGCCGCAGUACCCCUGCGGACAGCCAGGGCCAAUCCAGUGGGUCGCGCUGGCUACAAGGGCCGCCUCCGGCAAGCCUACCACUUGCUGCUCCAAGGGGUCGUGCGCGCGGACGCUCUCUCCGGCGAGGACGGCAAACUGCAGAGGCUCAGGGCGUGGACGCUGCUGAUCCUUCUGCGGCGCGUGCUGCUGCAGAGGCCCGCCAGCGCCGGGGCACAUGGCGCCCCAGCCGCGCGCCACGUAGACGACGCCGAGGCGAGCCGCCAGCGCACCCUACAGAAGGCGAUGGCGCUGGUCAGGGCCGGCGGCCGCAGCGAAGCACGGAAGUUGCUGGCGUCGCGCGGGCUAGCGCCAGGCACGGCCGAGACGCUGGCUGAGCUGCGGGGCCCCGCUUGGCGCCCACCACUGCCCGCAGCCGCGCUGCCGUCAGCUGCGCGCGCUUUCCGCCCAGCCCGCCCGGUCGAGCUAGACCGCCGCAUCUGGACUGAGUACGUCCGCUCUGCGCCGAAGGGGUCUUCUAGCUUGCUGAGCGGCGCGAGCGGUGAGCUCCUCAAUUUGGCCGUGGACGAGGACAACACGCUCGAGCUCCACGCUGCCGUGGCGGAGGUGUACGCCCGGGCAGAAAUCCCAGUGAGAGUCGCCCGCGCCCUUGGCACUGGCCGCCUGGCCGCGUUGCUGGAGGACAACGGCCGCGCGCGAGGGAUAGUGGCAGGAGAUGCCUUCCGCGGGCUCGUCGCGAAGGCGCUCUCUCGGCAGUUUGGGGCCGAGGUGGACGACGCCUGCGCGGCUUUUUCCCAGUACGCGCUGUCGACGCGAGCUGGCACAGACAGCGCGGCCCACUCCCUCCGCGCCGCCACUGACGCUGGCACCGCCACGAUCGCGAGCAUCAACGGCAUUGCUUCCUUCGACCACGUGCGCCGCGACCGUCUGGUCGACUUCCCUGGGGCCUCUGCCUUGGUUCCCAUUUUGUGUUGCCCUCGGACGACCAGCCGCCCAGCCGUCCAGGUAUAUGUGGACAAACGACGCAGGAUUUGCGACGGGGGGGCGGAAGAGCAGGGCGACCCGCUUAUGCCAGCGCUGUAUCCCUUGACCACACACGGCGCCCUGGAGAGGGCGCGCACGCGCAGCUGCAACCUGGAGAGGAGCUGCUUGCUCACCUCGUCGACGUCGACCUCCCAUGCAGACCAGAGCGUGCCACUGCAGCUCAAUGCGGGAGGGUGGGCGGGCAUCGAGGCGAACCUGGGCCAGCGCCGCAUGUGGAACCGAAGCGGCUUCGAACCAGAAGUGCACCAGGCGCUGGGCACAGACGUGGGGGUCGGCGGCGCCCAGACACGGCCCAGAGUGGAGCAGGGGCCGAAGGUGGGACGGGGCUACCGCGCACCCGCCUACGGGCUCCACCUACCAG